UGUAAUGAUUGUGUAAAAUUAGGAGACUUUGGAUUAUCCCGAUAUAUGGAAGAUAGUACUUACUACAAAGCUUCCAAAGGAAAAUUGCCUAUUAAAUGGAUGGCUCCUGAGUCAAUCAAUUUUCGACGUUUUACCUCAGCUAGUGAUGUGUGGAUGUUUGGUGUGUGUAUGUGGGAAAUCCUGAUGCAUGGUGUGAAGCCCUUUCAAGGCGUGAAGAACAAUGACGUGAUCGGGCGCAUCGAGAAUGGGGAGAGGCUGCCCAUGCCUCCCAACUGCCCUCCCACCCUCUACAGCCUCAUGACCAAGUGCUGGGCGUACGACCCCAGCCGGCGGCCCCGUUUCACUGAGCUCAAGGCUCAGCUCAGCACAAUCCUGGAGGAAGAGAAGGUCCAGCAAGAAGAGCGCAUGAGGAUGGAGUCCAGAAGGCAGGUCACCGCAUCCUGGGACUCCGGAGGGUCCGACGAAGCACCGCCCAAGCCCAGCAGACCUGGUUAUCCCAGUCCGAGGUCCAGCGAAGGAUUUUAUCCCAGCCCACAGCACAUGGCUCAGACCAAUCACUACCAGGUCUCUGGCUACCCUGGCCCACAUGGAGUCACAGCCAUGGCUGGCAGCAUCUACCCAGGUCAGGCAUCUCUCUUGGACCAAACAGAUUCGUGGAAUCACAGACCACAGGAGAUACCCAUGUGGCAGCCCAGCGUGGAGGACUCAGCGGCACUGGACCUGCGUGGCCUCGGGCAGGCACUGCCCACGCACCUGAUGGAGGAGCGGCUGAUGCGGCAGCAGCAGGAGAUGGAGGAGGACCAGCGUUGGCUGGAGAAGGAGGAGAGGUUUCUGAAACCUGACGUGCGGCUCUCUCGAGGCAGCAUCGACAGGGAGGACGGAGGUCCUCAGGGCCCGACUGGCAACCAGCACAUAUAUCAGCCUGUGGGCAAACCAGAUCCUGCAGCGCCACCAAAGAAGCCGCCGCGUCCUGAAGCCCCCGGGCACCUGGGCAGCCUGGCCAGCCUCGGCAGCCCCGGGGACAGUUACAACGAGGGCGUCAAGCUUCAGCCCCAGGAGAUCAGCCCCCCUCCCACCGCCAACCUGGACCGGUCCAACGACAGGGUGUACGAGAACGUGACGGGCCUGGUGAGAGCGGUCAUCGAGAUGUCCAGCAAGAUCCAGCCCGCCCCGCCAGAGGAGUACGUCCCCAUGGUGAAGGAAGUCGGCCUGGCCCUGAGGACGCUGUUGGCCACAGUGGAUGAGACCAUCCCUGUCCUGCCUGCCAGCACCCACCGAGAGAUCGAGAUGGCCCAGAAGCUGCUGAACUCUGACCUGGGGGAGCUCAUCAACAAGAUGAAACUGGCCCAGCAGUACGUCAUGACCAGCCUGCAGCAGGAGUACAAGAAGCAGAUGCUGACGGCCGCACACGCGCUGGCCGUGGAUGCCAAGAACCUGCUCGACGUCAUCGACCAGGCCAGACUGAAGGGCCUGGGGCAGCCGAGGCCGCACUGAGCGCGGGCCUGCCCCGCCCCCACCAGCAGCGAGGCCCUGCCCAGCCGGCACCGACAGCGUUUGACUGACGGCUGCUUGAAAAUCUCACAUAAGUUUAACUGCGUUCUGAUUUGGGUUGUUUUUGUUUCGGCUCUUUAAUCAUGGUGUUCAGAUAAGUCCGGGAUCCACAGUGUGGCAUUCUUCUGAGAGUAAAAGUUGUAUGUGAGAAGCUCUUAAAGAAUGAUGAAGGACAGGCUGUGCUCGUGUCAGGAUAUGCUUUCGUGGAAACGGCCAAGGUGGCGACACGCUGAUUCCUGAACUGGCCAGACCUCGCUUUGGAAGAAGAGGAGGAAGCGGAGGGUUCCAGGAACCAUGGGGCUGAGAAGCCCUUUGCCAACCGCAGACUUGCGAUCCAGACUGGAAUUUUUGUCGUCAGAACACUCUACAGUUGCAAUAUGCUAAUACCACUUUACAGAGGAAGAAUAUAAAAGCUAUAUUUUGAAGACUUGAGUCAUUUCAGAAAAAAAAAAAACUACAACUCUCUCCUCCUUCCUGCCUUUCACUUUCAUGUGGGUGUGUGAAACAUUUGGUUGGAAACUAGCUGUAGAACACACUAAAAACUUUUGUCUUUUUUCACCAGAAUAA